AUGACUGCUGAUUCAAGUAAUGAAAGAAGUAAUCAAAGAUCUUUAACUGAAUCUGAUCAGUACGAUACACCAUCUCCUUUCACAACAUAUCAGUUACCAAAACAGAAUUGUCAAGUUACCAAGAAUGACUUGACAUCACGUGAGGGAUGUCUCAACCGCCGAAAUAUUCUCCACAAUACAUCACAUGUAUCAACGCAAAAGAACUUUCAGGAUAUGCAUUCAGUUGAUGUGCAUCUCACCAGCAGUAGUAAUGAGAAUUCAGUAGGUGCUUUACUCAACGGAAGGAUCAGUGCACCACAAAAUCCUCCAUCAUCAGCUGACUACAAUCAUUUGGUUAAUCCAUCCACACAGCUGAUCUCUAAUCAUUUAACGACGAAUUUGUUCUCCAAAACAACUUCGAAUUAUACUCCAUUUCUUGUGAACUUGUUGAAGACGCCUCAAUCACCAAUUAACACUUCAGAUGGUCAAAUGAAUACUACAGUACUACAAGAACAGACUGAUGUAAUCCUCAAUCUUUUGGUAAAUCAGAGGGCCAGCAUUCAGUCGAAUUCUUUAUGUAAUAAUAACAAUAAUAAUAGUAAUGUUGGUACUAAUCUUCCACAAAUGUCUCACGAAUAUUAUGCAAUGGGGCGCAUAACAAGUUUGGCCAGUUCAUCCCUAUCUGGUUAUCAAGGGAAUAUUUCCUCUCUCUCUUCAUCCUGCCAGAACGAUCAGCACACAAUGUUAAACAGAAGUCUUGCUGAAAAACUGUCUCAAGUGGUCAUACCUUAUCAACAACGUCUGAAUUCAUUCACAAAUGAUGUAGACAAAGUUGCUAAUGUCUAUAGGAAUUCAGCAGGCAAGUUUUACCAGUAA